GGAUCUUGCAACCACAUGUCCCUCUGUAUAUUUAGUGUGGAUAAUUGCAUGGCAUGUUGGUUUUAACUUAUUACAUAAGAGUAUCGCGUGAACAUGAGUGUGGGAGGUUGCCACCACUUGUUGGGGUCAUUUGACCUCCGCCUCCACAUCCUCCACAUCCUCCACUUUCACCACACUAAUACUCUCGUUGUCAAUAUGAUCGUAACGAAAUACUCUGCGUCCCAUUUCUCGAUACCCAAGAGGGAGUGAUUAUUUCGUUGGUUUUCUUCUUCCAAAUUUACUCAUCUCUUUUGUGAAAUUUUGUCCCCAAAAUGACCAAGAUUCUUGUGCUGAACCCCAACUCCUCCCAGUCUAUGACUGAUGGAGUGAAGAAAGUGGUCAAGGCUAUAUAUCUACCAGAGAAUACCGAUUUACAUUUCUACACAGCACCUUCGAAUGCGCCGGCCAGCAUCAACAAUGGAGAGGACAUAGCCUCCAGCGUCGAGGCCGUGAAAGCUGAUGCGUGGCGCUACAUUGAAUCAGGGAAGUUUGAGGGCAUCCUGAUCGCAUGUUUCAGCGUCCAUCCGCUCGUAGGAGAACUCCAGCAGCUGACUGGCACGUCCGGAGUCGCUACGGGCAUCUUCGAAGCCAGCAUCCUGACUGCCUUGCCGCUUCUCAAGCCCGACGAGAAAUGGGGCGUGGUCACGACAGGGAAAUUCUGGGAGAAGCACCUCAGCGAUGGGGUUCAACAUUUCCUAGGAGCUGGUGAAACAGACUCGAAUGCAAAGUUCGCCGGUGUUGAAUCUACAGGGUUGAACGCGUCGGAUUUCCAUCAUGGUGUUAGUCCAGAUGUGGUGAACCAGAAGAUCAGAGAGGCUACUGGAAGACUCCUGCGGAAGGGCAAGGUCACGACGGUGGUCAUGGGCUGUGCGGGAAUGGCGGGCAUGGAGAGUCAGAUCCGUAGGGGUGCCGCUGAGGAGAUGGGUGAGGAGUUUGCUGGAAAGGUUUUGAAUGUAGUUGACGGAGUUACGGCGGGCGUAAUACAGAUUGAGCAGUUGUGCAGACAACAGCGACUUCUCCGAAGAUAACUUGGGAUACCAAUUGAGUUGACGAGGUCGGUCAUCUUGGCCCCCUCAAUCAGGCUCACCAGGUUCCAGAGUCAGUUGUCACCUCGACAUGGUAAGGAUGGAACACAAAGCCUGCAGGUGUAUCAAUCCUUACCCGAUGGGCC